UACGUGGCCUUCACAGACACAGAGCGGCUGGUUGGCGACGCCACCAAGAGCCAGGCUGCCCUGAACCCACACAACACGGUGUCCGACGCCAAGAGGCUGCUCGGGCACAAGUUCGCGGACGCAACUGGGCAGUCGGACAUGAAGUAUUGGCCCUUCCAGGUGGUGAGCAAGGGUGGCAAGCCCAAGGUGCGCCUGUCCUACCGCGGGGGGGACAAAGCGUUCUACCCCGAGGAGAUCUCCUCUGUAACACUCAGCAAGAUGAAGGAAACAGCUGAGGCAUACCUGGGCCAGCCAGUGAGGCGCGCUGUGAUCACGAUGACCACCUUCUGCAACGACUCGCAGCGCCAGGCCACCAAGGACGUGGGUGCCAUCGCGGGGCUCAACGUGCUGAGGAUUAUCAAUGAGCCCACUGCGGCCUCUAUCACCUAUGGGCUGGACCGGCAGGGCUCCGGAGAGCGCAACGUGCUCAUUUUUGACCUGAGCGGGGGCACCUUCGACGUGUCAGUCCUCAACAUCAAUGCCGGUGUCUUUGAGGUGAAGGCCACCGCUGGAUUCACCCACCUAGGUGGAGAGGACUUCGACAAGCGGCUGGUGAACCACUUCAUGGAGGAGUUCCAGUGGGAGCACGGCAGGGAUGUGAACGGGAAUAAGCGGGCCCUGCGAAGGCUGCGCACGGGCUGUGAGUGCACCAAACGCACCCUGUCCUCCAGCACCCAGGAGAUAGACUCCCUGUUUGAAGGCGUAGACUUCUACACGUCCAUCACUCGUGCCUGCUUUGAGGAGCUGCCAGACCUCUUCCGCAGCACGCUGGAGCCUGUGGAGAAGGCCUUGCGGGAUGCCAAGCUGGACAAGGCACAGAUCCACGAUGUCCUCCUGGUGGGCGACUCCACCCGCAUCCCAAAGGCAAAGCUGCUGCAGAACUUCUUCAAGGGCAGGGAGCUAAACAAGAGCAUCAACCCCGAUGAGGCCGUGGCCUAUGUGGCUGCGGUGCAGGCGGCAGUGUUGCUGGGGGACAAGGGUGAGAAAGUGCAGGAUCUCCUGCUGCUGGAUGUGGCUCCCCUGUCCCUAGGGCCGGAGACAGCAGGUGGGGUGAUGACCACGCUGAUCCAGAGGAACGCCACCAUCCCCACAAGGCAGACCCAGACCUUCACCACCUACUCCGACAACCAGCCUGGGGUCCUGAUCCAGGUGUAUGAGGGUGAGAGGGCCAUGACCAGGGACAACAACCUGCUGGGGUGCUUUGAACUCAGUGGCAUUACCCCAGCCUCACGUGGACUCCCCCAGAUAGAAGUGACCUUUGACAUUGAGGUCAAUGUCAUCCUGAAUGUGACAGCCACUGACAGGAGCACAGGCAAAGCUAACAAGAUCACCAUCACCNGGGAUAUUUGA